CUGAUUCGAUUUGGUUUGGGCAAAUAUAAAUUAGGCCCUAGUGAUGAUAAAAAGGGGCCGAGACUUGAGAAGAAGCCCUCAGCUUCACCGUCUCUCUCUCUCUUUCUCGUGCUUCUUUCGAAUCGGCCGUUCUUCCUCCAAUCUCUCACUCCAAUGGACGAAGACGAUGAGUUCGGAGAUCUGUAUUCCGACGUCCUUCAGCCUUUCCAGCCUCCCGCUGUUCUUCCUCCUCCUCCUCCUCCGCUUCCGCUUCCUCACCGUUCGAUCGACCUCAACCUUCGAUCCCAGGAUCAAGACGGAGCAGAUGCUAAUUCAGCUCCCGUCUCUAGGGUUUCUGACACCGAUGCCUCCAAAUUAUCCAUCGCUCUCUCUCACGUCGCGAAUCGCCAAGCAAUUGGCGAUGGUGGCGGCGACGGCGACGACAAGGACAUGAGCUUUGAUAUCGAAGAACCCGAUGCCGAUUCCACACCUGCGAUUCCCGGACUCUUCGUGUCCGCUUCCGGAGCUGGAGCGCUUCCCGGUUUGGCCACAGAUCGCGGUGUUCCGCGAGAUACGACAGCAAUUGAGCAGGGUGGCGCUGGAGGAUACGGAGGACAAAAAGAAGGAGACGAUUGGGAUAGCGACAGUGAAGACGAUCUGCAGAUAGUGUUGAAUGACAGCAGCCGCAACGCCAUGAUCGGAGCUGACAGAAGAUUAAGGAUGGGAGACAACGAAGAUGACGACGACGACGAUGAUGAAGAACCACUUGUGAUAGUGGCCGACGCGGAUCCAAAUCAACCUAUGGAGGAGCAGCUGUGGGGAGAAGAUGGUCUGCAAGCGGUCGACGGAGAUGGCAAAGACGGAGGAGAGGCCGGGAAGGGGACUGGACCAGGAGGUUCAAUUGGCCCGCCCAAAGCUGGGUAUAGCAGUCUUGGGUAUCAUCCGUUUCAUUCUCAGUUUAAGUAUGUAAGACCAGGGGCAGCCCCCAUGCCUGGAGCUCCAUCUGCUGGUGGGACUUCCUCAGGUCAAGUUCGUCCACCCGCAAACCUUGGUCCUAUGCCUGGUCGUGGCAGAGGAGAUUGGCGUCCAAUGGCAAUGAGGAAUGCUUCUGCUACACAGAAAGGCUUCCACCAGACUUGGGCUGGUAAUACAGCAGGGCGGGGACUGGACUUUACUCUUCCCUCUCACAAGACUAUAUUUGAGAUCGACAUUGAAACUUUUGAGGAAAAGCCCUGGAGAUAUCAGGGAGUUGAUAUCACAGACUACUUCAACUUUGGACUGAAUGAGGAGAGCUGGAAAGAUUACUGCAAACAGCUGGAUCAACACCGUAUAGAGACUACGAUGCAAAGCAGAAUACGUGUUUAUGAAAGUGGUAGAACAGAUCAGGGUUAUGAUCCAGAUCUGCCCCCAGAGUUAGUUGCAGCAACAGGGACGCAGGGUGUACCUGUUGACUCUUCAAAUUUAGUGAAGCCAGAGACGGCUCAAGGUGAUUCAGCUAAAGUACCAGCUCAAGUUCGACCUUCACUACCCCCUGGAAGACCAAUACCUGUGGAGACUGGUUCUGGUGAGCGUAUGGCAUCCAUUGAUACACGUGCUCCAAGAAUGCGUGAUCUAGAUGCUAUCAUUGAGAUUGUAUGUGAAGAUUCGCACGAGGAUGAGCCCUCUGGUGAAAAUGGCGCAGAACAAGCUGACAGUAGCCUUCCUGGAGGAAAUGUUGCAGUUGAGACUGCGUAUGUUAACAGCAGGAGACCAGACACGGAAUCUGCUGAACAAAGUCCUGCCCAGGAUGAGCCACGUAAAAGGCUUCUCAAAAAGCAAGACGAUGAGAUCUCUAGAAGCACGGAUAGUGACCAGAGUUUUCGUUCGUCGUCUCCUGUUGGAGACAGAGGCACAAGGUCAUCAAGUGUUGAUCGUGAAGAUGUGGGAGGUGAAGCUGGCAAAGAUGCUGAGAUGGAACCGGAGAAUAAAAUGAGUUCUGCAGUCCCUCAGUCGGCAGGUCAAGAAGAUGAUGGAGGGGAAUCAAAGACAGAGAGAAGUAGUGAAAGCAGCAAAGCAAGAUCUGGAAGUCACAGAGAUUAUCAGCAAUUGAAGGAUGGUGCAGAAGAGGAAGUUAUUCAAGAUAAGAAUUCUGCUCGACCAGCUAGCAAUAAGAAACAGCAUGAUAACAAUGCACCGCAUCAGAGCAGAAAGAAUCAAGACAGAGGGAAAGAAAUGGAAAGAACUCGAGCGGCGAGCAAAGGUGGGAGGGAGUACUAUUCUCAUAUGGAGGUUGAUUCCUGCCAUAUUUACUCAGUAGCAACCGGCGAGGAUCUUGACAAAAGGAAAGAGCGAGAUGUUGAUGGGGGGUUCUGGCGCAGGAAAGAGGAUGACCCAUUCAGUAGAAGAGGUGGGGAUGAAGGGUCUAGAAAAAGGGAUCGUGAAGAUGAUCUGGCCUCUAGGCAGAGGGGUAAAAUGCGUGAGAGUGAAAUACGCAUCAAAGAUGACCAUGUUCCUUCAAGAAAGCAUUUGGAUGAUGGUGGUUUGAGAAAUAGUUACGAACUGGAUGAUCACAACAGCAAGAGGAGGAAGGAUGAAGAUUACAUGAGAAGAAACCGCUCUGAAAAGAAUGAAAUCUCAUAUGGCCAAAGAGAAUCAAUCAGCCGCCUGAAACGAGAACGAGGUGAUAGGUUGGACCAUCAAAAGAGAGAUGUCCAAUAUAAAAUCAGAGAUGAUUUUGACGACCACGGUUCUCUCAGGCACAGAGAUGAUUUCUAUAUGCAGAGAGAUGGAAACGAGAGGUUGAGAGAACGUGAGGAUUUGGAUAAAUUGAAACUAACUCACGACGAUGGUUUAUCAGCACGAGGAAGAGAGAGGCAGGUGGCUGCAAGGGGCCGUAGAGGUUCAGAAGACCAAUCAUCGAGGAUGAAGGAUGAGCAUCUCACCAAAGAUACAACAAGGCAUACUAAACAGACGAAGAGAAGGGAAUACCCUGGUGAAGAAGGUUCCUCCCAUCAUAGAGGACACGAAGACUUCUCUGCACGCACAGAGGACAUUGUUAACAAUGAGAAAAAACAAAGGCAGGAGAGGACAGGUGCUAAAAGUGACAAGCUUACUGAUUCUUUGGAUGGCCAGAGAUUGCAAGACAGAAAACAUAAAGAUUCUAGACGAAAGAUAAAAGAACAGCGAGAGGGCACAGAUUCAAUGAGGAGCAAGCAAGGAGAACAAAAUGGCAAUUCCGAAGUGACAGGCUCAAAAGGAACCAACGAAGUAAGAAAUUACAGGAGUGAGAUCCCACAGCAGCCUAACGCCAACAAAAGACACAAGGAAAAUACUUCCUCUGGAGAUGAGCUACAAGAUUCAAAGAGAGGACGCACGAAAUUGGAGCGUUGGGCAAGCCACAAAGAGAGAGAUGAUACUCUCACUGUCAAGCCAUCAUCUACUUCUUCAAAACUUCAAGAGAAGGAAAAAAGCACCAAUGGCCGAAUUAGCGAACCUGUUCAUAAGAACCGGGAUGUAACUGAAGAGAAGAGUGGUCAUGACCUUGCAGAGACGAAAGAUGGAAGCGAGAAGGGAGCAGGAGACCGGCACUUGGACACGGUUGAGAAACUCAAGAAACGCAGUGAAAGGUUCAAGCUUCCAAUGCCCACGGAGAAAGACAAAGACACCACAGGGGUAAAGAAAACGGAGUCUGAGACGGUGCCCUCUGCGAAAAUUGAAGGCCAUGUGGAUUCAGAGGUGAAAGCAGAGCGGCCAGCAAGGAAAAGACGGUGGACAAGUAGCUGAGAGUCAUAAAACUGGAGUUGAAAUAAAAAGCGAGGAACUGGCUCGGCUCUCUUUUUUUUUGGCUGGAUUUGAGGGAUAGUUUGAUGCUCCAUGUAACUUUCUAUACUUAAAACGGAUGACAUGUGAGAUUCUCUCAUCCCACGGAGCAUUUGUGGCGAUAAGGAGAUGGAGGAUCAAGUUCAAUGAAGAUUAAUUAGGAGUGUAGGGAGAGUGUGUGUGGGAGGAUGAGCUAUGUUGUGUAAGAAUAGGGAGAGAAUACGCAUAAGGAUGACCUUAAAAGAGAAAUACUCUUGUAGUAGUUAAUGUAACUUUUGUCAAAGAUUAUUAUUAUUGGUCUUUUAGUUUUGCUCUCAUACUAAGCGCCUCGUUAGAGAACGAUGUUAUCUUAAAAACGCUAAACGGC